AUGGGUGAGGCUGAGUAUGACAUGAUGGACUACCAUGCAAAUGUUGACAGGGGUGUGGAGUUUAUGGGAGCUGAAGUAGAGUUUGUUGGCAACCAUGAUGUGGAUACCAGUGAUGACUUAUUAGAUGAUGAAAAUCUAAGUUACGAGUCUCUUAACAGUUUGACUGAUGAGGAAAUGGAAGAUUUCGAAACUAGGAGAAGUUUGAAAUUAAGAGAGUUGAUGAGGAAAAAGAGGGCUGGACAAGCAACAUCCCAAGUGACUUUUUAUGUUGGUCAGUUGUUUCCAACAGCCAAAGCGGCAAAAGACAAGAUAAACAAACAUGCAAUUGAAACAAGGAGAUUGAGCGAUGAAGAUGAGACUUGGGUGGUAAAGACUUACCAACCAGAUCACAAGUGUCUCACAUCCAGAAAAAUACAGCCUUUCACUUCUACCUUCUUGGCUAAACAAGAGUUUGUGAUGAAUCAGAUUGCAGCCAACCCUAAUAUUUCAGUAAGUAGGCUACAAGAAGAGCUUGGGAGGAAGUAUGAUCUGUCUGUGACAAAAAUGAAGGCUUUCAGGACAAAGCUCAAGGCUACAAAAAAGAUUGAAGGGGACUUCAAAGUUCAGUAUGCGAGCCUCAGGGACUAUGUCAUGGAACUGUACAGGACCAAUUCAGGUACAACAGUUAAAUUUGUUGUUGAGCCUGAGUGUAACCCACAUGCACCCACAAGGAUCUUCAAGAGGAUUUAUGUUUGUCUGGGACCACUGAAAGAAGGGUUUAAAGAGUGUAGGAGGGAACUGUUGGGGUUAGAUGGGGCAUUUAUGAAAGGCCCUGGUCAGAUGCUAACUGCAGUUGGUUUAGAUCCCAACAAUGGCAUUUAUCCUUUAGCUUAUGGAAUUGUUGAGGCUGAGAACAAAGACUCCUGGAUCUGGUUCCCACAGUGUAUUAAAGAUAACUUGGAUCUUCCAGAUAAUGCAAAUUUCACCUUCAUUUCUGACAGGCAAAAGGGAAUAAUACCAGCCAUAACUCAGGUAUUUCCAGCAGCUGAACAUAGAUUUUGUGCAAGGCAUAUAUGGCAGAACAUGAAACUUCAAUGGAGAGGAAAUGCCUUCAAGGAUUGUCUUCAAAAUGCAUCCAAAGCUUAUAUAGUUCCAGAUUUUGAAGCAAAAAUGGAGGAGUUGAGAUUGUACAACAUUGAAGCUUAUAAUUGGAAGAUUUGGCAGACAAAUGGUCCACUUACUCCUAGAGUUGCAAAGAUCUUUGAAAACACAAAGAAAUUAGCUGCAAAUUAUAAUGUUAAGUGGAGUCGUGGGACAAAGUAUCAAGUCAGUGGUAAGGUCACAGUGGAUGGUGCUGCAACACAUAAACAGUAUCUUGUGGAUGUUGUGGAUAGGGUUUGGACUUAUAGAGAAUGGGAAGUUUCAGGAAUCCCUUGUAGGCAUGUUGUGGCUGUCAAUUGGGACAUGGCAAUGAAUGGCCAAGAGGUUGGACCCCCGGAAUCAUGGGUUAAUGAAUGUUAUUAUCUUGAAACAUGGAAGAGGGUUUACAGUCAUACCAUUGGUCCCAUUAAUGGUAGAGAAUUAUGGCCAAAAUCACAAGUUCCAACCAACCUAACCCCACCUCUGCACCACACACCUAUCGGCAAACAUAAGAAGAAAAGAAGGAAGGAUGCUGUGGAGUUGCAGGAUGAAGUUGAAAGGGCUUCACAAGCAAGAAACAAGAGAAACAGGGCUGCUGAAGCUGAUAACGAGCAGGCUAUGGUUGGUGGCAAAUUCACAAGAAAAUGGAAGUCCGUGAAGUGCCAGAAGUGUGGUGAAAAGGGCCACAACCAAAGAACUUGUGGAAGGACCAAAAAAGUUGCCGGGCCGAAGAAAGGUAAGAAGAAGAAAGAUGGUAAUCAAGCUACUGAGGCUGGUCAGGCAGGUCCAAGUGUUUAA